ACCUAAGCUCUUCGAGGAUCCCCGCGUGGAGCCCUCCUGGGAACCUCAGGCCUGCCAGCAGUCUCAAGGCUUCUCUGUCGUUGAGAGUUCUUCCCCUAAACUCCAAAGCCUGAGGUCAGAGUACCCAAGACGGCUCAGCAGGGCGGCCCCCGGGGGGCGGGGUCCCGUGAUGGGGGCGGGGAGAGGGAAGGACCAGCCGGAGCACCAACCCCCGCCCGGCCCUGCACCAGGAAACGCCUGGGGGAGCGGAGCGCAGUGGAGACCGAAGCCAGGAUGGUGAUGUCUUCGCUGAAGCUCCAAGAUCUCAUCGAGGAGAUUCGAGGGGCCAAGACCCAGGCCCAGGAGCGGGAAGUGAUCCAAAAGGAGUGUGCCCACAUCCGGGCCUCCUUCCGCGACGGGGACCCGCUGCAUCGGCACCGCCAGCUGGCCAAACUGCUCUAUGUCCACAUGCUGGGCUACCCCGCCCACUUUGGACAGAUGGAGUGCCUGAAACUGAUCGCCUCCCCCAGGUUCAUAGACAAGAGGGUGGGCUACCUGGGGGCCAUGCUUCUACUGGAUGAGAGGCAGGAUGCCCACCUGCUCAUUACCAACAGCAUCAAGAACGACCUGAACCAGGGUAUUCAGGCCGUACAAGGCCUGGCCCUGUGCACCCUGAGCACCAUGGGCUCUGCUGAGAUGUGCCGGGACCUGGCCACUGAGGUGGAGAAACUGCUCCUGGAGCGAAGCCCCUAUGUGCGUAAGAAGGCUGUUCUGACUGCAGUGCACAUGAUCCGAAAAGUCCCUGAGCUCUCUGACACCUUCCUCCCGGUUUGUGCCAAACUGCUUCACGAACGUCACCACGGCGUCCUGCUGGGCACCAUCACGCUGAUCACAGAGCUCUGCGAACGAAGCCCUGCAGCCCUCAAGCACUUUCGAAAGGUGGUGCCCCAGCUGGUACAGAUCCUCCGGACUCUGGUGACGACGGGAUUCUCCACAGAACACAGCAUAUCUGGAGUCAGUGACCCCUUCCUACAGGUCCAGAUACUUCGUCUGCUCCGGAUUCUGGGCCGGAACCACGAGGAGAGCAGUGAGAGCAUGAAUGACUUGCUGGCCCAGGUGGCCACUAAUACAGACACCAGCCGAAAUGCAGGCAGCGCGGUCCUGUUUGAGACUGUGCUCACCAUCGUGGACAUCCGCUCUGCAGCUGGCCUGCGGGUUCUAGCUGUCAACAUUCUAGGCCGCUUCCUGCUCAACAGUGACAAGAAUAUUAGAUACGUAGCCCUGACAUCGUUGCUGCGACUGGUGCAGUCUGAUCACAGCGCUGUGCAGCGACACCGGCCCACUGUGGUGGAAUGUCUUCGGGAACCUGACGCCUCUCUCAGCCGGCGGGCCCUGGAACUGAGCCUGGCUCUGGUGAACAGCUCCAACGUGCGAGCCAUGACACAAGAGCUUCAGGGCUUCCUGGAGUCCUGCCCCCUUGAUCUGCGGGCAGACUGUGCCUCAGGAAUCCUGCUGGCUGCAGAGAGGUUCGCCCCAACCAAGCGAUGGCACAUAGACACCAUCCUGCGAGUGCUGACAAUGGCGGGCUCACAUGUCCGGGAUGAUGCGGUGGCCAACCUGACCCAGCUGAUUGGUGGGGCCCAGGAGCUACACGCCUACUCUGUGCGCCGCCUCUACAGUGCCCUGGCACAGGACAUCUCCCAGCAACCGCUGGUGCAAGUGGCAGCCUGGUGCAUUGGGGAAUACGGGGACCUUCUGCUGGAGGGGAGCUGUGAGGAAACUGAGCCACUUCAGGUGGAAGAAGAAGAAGUGCUGGCAUUACUGGAAAGGGUGCUGCAGUCCCAUAUGUCCCUGCCAGCCACCCGAGGAUACGCCCUCACAGCCCUCAUGAAGCUUAGCACCCGGCUUCGUGGGGACAACAACCGCAUCCGCCAGGUGGUGUCCAUCUACGGAAGCUGCCUCGACGUGGAGCUGCAGCAGCGGGCUGUGGAGUACAACACACUCUUCCGGAAGUACGACCACAUGAGGGCGGCCAUUUUAGAAAAGAUGCCCCUUGUGGACCGAGGUGGCCCGCAGGCUGAUGAGGAAGUAAAGGAGAGCAAAGAAGCAACCCACCUUUUGGAACCAGCCCCUGUCCCCACAGAGCCCCAGGCCUCAAAGCUCUUGGAUCUGUUAGACCUCCUGGAUGGACCUUCUGAGGAUUCCCAGCAGCCUCCCCCUGUGGAUCCCUCCCCUGAAGGCACUUUAAUACACCUGCUCGACCUUCCCUGUGCUCCCCUAGCCCCAGCUCCCAUCCCAAACCUCAAAGUGUUUGAGCGGGAAGGACUACAGCUGAAUCUGUCUUUUGUUAGACCGCCUGGAACCCCUACUUUGCUCUUAAUCACUGCCACUGCUACCAACGCCUCAGAGGGUGAUGUCACCCACUUCAUCUGCCAGGCCGCUGUGCCCAAGAGUUUCCAGCUGCAGCUACAGGCCCCCAGUGGGGACACAGUUCCAGCUCAGGGUGGCCUUCCAGUGACCCAGGUCCUCCGAAUCCUCAAUCCUAACAAGGCCCCCUUGCGGUUAAAGCUGCGCCUCACCUACAACCACUAUGGCCGGUCAGUGCAGGAGAUCUUUGAGGUGAACAACUUGCCUGUGGAGGCAUGGCAGUAACUCAGCCUCCACUCGGCCUGAAAUCCUCUUGGGUCCCAAACCCCUGGGUUCCCAGGUUCUUGGAGCCUACGUCUGAGGACUACCAGCAGGUGGCGCUCUGGUCCUGUGCUUGCCAUUGCAAAAACUGGAGGGGGCCCACCCUCUCCCCCACAAAUAAUGAAAGUCCAAUAAAGCCUGAGGGGGUGAGUUAUAUUUGUAUAUAUUUGAGGUAGAAAAUAUAUGAAUAACAGCAAGGAACAAGUCUUAACAGGAAGUCUGUGUCUUCCCUUGGUCUCAGGAAUCUGUUUCAACAAAGAAGGGUUUUCUUUCUACCCCUCUCUGGGCUGGGGAACAAAUCUGACCCCACAGGAGGCACUUUACCAUGUGGGCCAGAGCGGGGCACAGUGGCAAAAUCAAACCAGAAUGUCUAGGUUUCCAAUAGGAAUUCCCACCCAUAUCCCCAACCUGCUGCUAUUCCCCACACCCCAAGGCAGGGAAAUCCCUCCUGCCUCCCCUCAUCUCUAACUCAGCUGUAAGGUGGUUUAGGAGCCGCUGGCAGAAUCAAUGGCAUCGACCAAGGGAAGGGGGGUGGCAAGGGAUUUUCCUGUGCUUAACUACUGAUCACGGCUAAGUGGAAAUCCUAUAAACACGAGCGGAAAUCAAUGGAGGCUGCUUAGCGGCCAGGGGAGAGGGGCGGCCCACAGAUUGCAUCUGACGGAUGAGGGAGAGGAGGCGGCCUGGGAGGGCUC